AUGGCUCACCACGCGAGGCCUUCCAGAUUAGUCAAAAAGGAAGAGUUAGGCAAAAGGAAAACUAACCAGGGCAAAAAGAAGUCUAGCCACGUGAGAAAGAAAACCACAAAGACUUCCACAAAAGCUGUUAGUUCUGGAAAAGGCAAAAAGCCAGCGCAAGAAAAAGAUGUUAAGAAAAAACAGCAAGAAAAGAAACCAAUCAUGAGCUCUUCAGGUAGACUUCUCAGGAGCAGUGUAACCAGAACCUUGUCUGGAGCAUCUUGGGUGAGUUUGGAGAAAGCUGACAAUAUCCUCUUUCACAACCAGGAUUCUUUCAACAUCAAUGGCUUUACAAUGUCACUCCGUAACCGAUCGUUCUCCCGUAGAUUGUCCCAAACUCCAACCAUUGCAAAACCCAGGAAAGCUGCAGCACAAAAAAGGCUAGAAACAAAGGAAAAACAUGAACAAGAAGCCCUGACAGUAGUCGAAGAAAAAAAUGUUGAAGCAGGCGAAAGAGUUUUGAAACAAGAUUUAGCACAAAAUGAGUUAGCUCCUCUGCCUGUAGAAGAUACUCCGUGUAGUGCAGGCGAAGAGCCUGCUACCAUGUGUGCCAGUCAAGACAAAGAGGUAGAAAUACGUGAAACAAAUGACUCCGUUUCAAGCGGUCAGGUAACUGAAGACGAUACAGAAGCGUCAGAGGUGAAAUACAAGCGUGAAGACAUGCCCUGUCAGCAGACACCCAGUGAUCUCGAUGCGGGUAGUUUGGCUGAACCAUUUGUUGAAGAUGCUGCGCUUGUGCUUCCAUCUUCUCCUCCUGACUCCAGAAUCACCUCUGAAUCAUACUCGAAGGUGUGUGCGGAGGCUUCCUUUGAUCUGGUGCCUAACAGUAAAGAACCUGACUCCAGUUCUGUCGAUACCUCAGACCUCAGCUCAGCAGUACUGUUAGAAGAGUCGGUCCCACUUGCCAAAUCCCACAUAGAAGCAGAGUCGGACCUGGUGCUACCUAGUGAAGAACAAGACUCAAAUUUUGCAUCUAUAGUUACCUCUGAGUUUAACUCACAAGAACGUUUAUUAGAAGAUGCAAGCUCACUUGCAGAAUCCUGCUUGAAGGCAGGCAGGGAUUUGGAGUGUGAGAAUAAAGACGUUGGUUCAAAUCCCAGCUCUGUAACUGCCACUGAAUCAAAUUCGUUUUUACAUUUUGAAGGUGCGAGCUUGCUUGCAGAAUCCCACAUGAAACUGGUUGUGGAUUUUGUACCCGUUCACAAAGAACUUGACUCAGAUUUGGAUUUGAGCUGUACAAGAAAGAAUUCAGAAUCUGACUCAAAAGACAUAUUUGCAGUAUGUGAACCAGUUUCCAAUACCUCUUUAAACAAUAUUGAAGUGGAGGACAUUGAGCAGCUUGUUAAAUGUAUUGAUGCAGAGACAUUAAUUUUGAAUUCAGGUUAUGUCCCCACUUUAUCUCCAGAUUUAGAAAAAAACACGGUCCAUAAAAUCUCUGGUGAAAGCUCUGAAGAUUUUGUUUCAGAGUUGCCUUCAAGCACAGAAAUCUCUGCUCUUGCCUUAGAAAAAGCCAUAAAUGCAGAUUUGCCAGCUGACUCAAGACUGCAGCAUAAUGAUUAUUCAUCGCAGCUGGGAAGAGUCGGAGUAAGCUUGAAUUUGGUUCAGGACAACGUGAGCGACAGCACUGAAGCAACUGAGGCCUCAGGGCCAUCCUCUCUUAAAAAUCCAGCUGGUGAUUACCCUGUUCCAUAUUCAUCUCUGCUCCCUAUGCUAGAGAAGAAGAAACGAAGGCGUUGUGGAGUCUGUGAGCCCUGUCUGCGGAAAACAAAUUGUGAAGAAUGCAGCUGUUGCAGGAAACGCAAAACUAGUCACCGGAUAUGUAAGAAGAGAAAAUGUGAAGAACUGAAAAAGCCACCACCGCCAAUCACGCUACCUUUUGAGGUUCUAACUGAAAACAAAAGACCUCAGAGGAGGAAGCAAAGAGUUUUAAAGGCAAAUUUAGAAAACAAACCAGUAAAUGGCCGCAGACCAGAACUCAUGGAAUGCAGUAUAUGUGGUCAUGGCGAAAAAUACAGGGUGAAACCAAACCAAACAGUACCCAUUGAAAAUGUGCAGUGUAAGGAGAAAGAAAGAAUGACAGGCUUAGAAGUAGAGAAGUGGGCACAUAACGAGAAGCCAUCUUUUGGCAUCCAUGUCAACGGAGAUAUCCAUGGAACUGUGACAGGCAGCGAACACUUGAAAAAUGCUGAAGACAGUGAAAGAGCAGUCUCUCCCAGUCAGUUAGCUGAGCCAAAAAAAUCAUUCGCACAGACCAUCAAAAAUGGCAUAAAACCGCUACAUUAUUCACCAUCGGAAGCAGUUGCUUCACUGAAAAAAGUAUCUGUAGAGGAAAGGACAGAUUUGACAAUUAACUCCCAUAUGCAAUGGGCGAAGGGUACCAAUCUGAAUAACAUAGUAAACACUCUGACGACUGGCAUUGGCUGUGUUCACCCAGAAAAACAAGGAAAUGUUUUGAUGAAAGAGGAAAACUGUACUUGCAGCAUCUUUGAGGAUUCCGGUAAGUCAGUUUUGCAGACGAGUUCCAUUUUGGAUCUGCAAGAAAGCUUGUGUUGUCCUCCACUGUCUGAAGAGGAAGUGCAUGUAGGGAAGGAUGGCUUGAAAGUACCUAACACAGAGACACAGCAUGACGAUUCUUCACUCCAGCCGACUUUCUUGUCCCUGAUUAAAAACAGAAAUUUAACUGUAGAGCAGGUUGUAGCUAUUGAAGCUUUAACACAGUUAUCUGAAGCCCCUUUAGAAACAACCUCACCAGCUAAAACUGAAAGUACUGAAUGUACGGAAGAAACAACUUCCAGCUUGCUCCAUAGUUAUAAAAGGGAUAUCUCAUCUUCCUUCACAUCUUCUACAUUAAAAGAAAUCGAGGACUCUUACCUACAGAAUGAGCAACAGCUCUUGGCUCACUGCGCUCACUCGCAGAAGCAGCUCCCCAGUAAGGCAGUUUUAUACAAUGGCCAAAGUUCAGUUUCUGAAUUGCAUGAUAAACCUGCCAGUCUGGCUGGUGAGAUGUACAAAUUACAGUUAUCCUCAAGAGAUGCCAAAACUUUAUCUGACUUAACAUCUAAUACAAAAUCAUUUUCAGUAUAUACUACCAAGAAAAAUUAUGAUCCAGUCACCCUUGCACGGUAUUGCAAUGCUUCACGUAAUGUCCAGCAAGCAAGUCCCAACUUGGAAACCCUUGGCCAGUUCGAGCAAAAGCCAGCUUGUAAUGAUUUGAACUUGGACGCUAGUUCUUUGAUUAAAGAAGGAGGAAUUCACAGCCAGGAUGAAGAGGAUGUAGCUACGCAACUAACUCAACUUGCAGCGCUAAUUGAAUCAAACCAGACAAAUCCAGAGCAGAAGAAUGACAUAAAGGCAUCACUGCUUAAUCUAAUAUCGCACGAGAGGCAGCCAAAAUAUAACCAAGAUGUGUUACAGAAAAAAGAAUCUGUAAUUUUUAGGCAUAAUUAUAGUUCCCUACUGUUAAAGCAAAAACAACCAACAAAUAAAAAAGGAAACGCUGUACCAUGGAAACCAAGACACAAAAAGAAGCCUCAAGAAGCACGCUAUCAGCAAAAUAAUCAAAACCAGCUAGAGCUGUUGUCAUGCCAGCAUGGCGAGUUACAGGACAUUUGGAUAUCAUCAAAACUGCACAAGCUUGGUCAACACGUGCCACAGGACUCCAGAAUAGCUCCGUCUGAAAAAAAAUCUCCAAGAACCAAAGUACAAAGAGCACUGAAUCAAAAUACUUCAGCAUCACAAGAAAAAACUAGAUUAUUUCUCCCACAAACGCAGAUAAAAUUCCAUAGAUGUUUACCUGAGGUACCGCAAGAGAAAAAAAAAGACAGGUUGUUUGGCUGUGAAGUGGUGAAUGAGCAAAUCAAAACAGCAGGCUCCGGUGACCCGUUAGGCAUUGAUCCACUGAAAAAUGAAGUUCCUGCACAUAACCAGUAUAGCGACCUGUCCUCCUGUAAUCCUCUGGCUGUUUCACAGUUGAAAACAGCACCCUUAUCGAACAGACGAACUGAAAACCUACAGAUGUUUACAGAAAAAUGUAAUUCUCAGGUACAGCAAACAGCAAGUGUCAGUCAGAUGCAUCCUUUGCCUCAAGCUUUUAAUCAGUCUAACCUGAGACCUAAUGAAAUGCCUAGCGAAGACACCUAUAUUCAGCAAGGUGCUGUCGAACAACAAGUAGAUUGGAAGUCACAGGUGCUGCCUGUUCCCUGUGGCAGGGCCCAGGCACCAGGUGCUGUUGAAUCUCUCAGGAAUAUGGAGUGUGCUGGUGAAGUGACCGUUCUGACUUCAACCAGUUUAGGUACUGACCACCCACAGAGCACAGGCGACUCACGGUGUUCUCCAGCAAAAAACACACUCAGCAGUUUCCUUGAAUCACCGAUGAAGUUUCUUGAUACCCCUACAAAAAAUUUAAUAGAUACUCCUACAAAAAAAGGACAGUCUGAAUUGCCAACUUGUGACUGUGUUGAGCAAAUUAUAGAGAAAGAUGAAGGUCCAUAUUACACACACCUCGGGACAGGACCAAGUGUUGCUGCUGUGAGAGAAAUAAUGGAGAACAGGUAUGGAGCAAAAGGAAGCGCUGUGAGAAUAGAGGUAGUGGUUUAUACAGGAAAGGAAGGAAAAAGCUCUCAGGGGUGUCCAAUUGCAAAGUGGGUGAUACGAAGAAGUAGUGAUGAGGAAAAGUUGCUGUGCUUGGUACGUCAGCGUGCAGGACACCACUGUCAAACUGCCGUCAUCGUGAUUCUCAUACUGGCCUGGGAAGGGAUCCCUCAUCUCCUGGCUGAUACGCUGUACAAAGAACUGACGCAGAGUCUCAGAAAAUACGGCUGUCCGACAAGCCGUAGAUGCGCGUUAAAUGAAGAUCGUACUUGUGCAUGUCAAGGACUUGAUCCAGAAACUUGUGGAGCGUCAUUCUCAUUCGGCUGUUCAUGGAGUAUGUAUUUCAAUGGCUGUAAAUUCGCCAGAAGCAAAAACCCCAGGAAAUUUAGACUUCUCACGGAUGACCCUAAGCAAGAGGAACUGCUUGAAAAUAAUUUGCAAACUUUAGCUACUGACGUGGCUCCAGUUUAUAAAAAGCUUGCUCCCGAAGCUUUCCAGAACCAGGUGCAAAAUGAACAAAUGGGCCCAGACUGUCGGCUUGGAUCCCAGGACGGUAGGCCUUUCUCUGGUGUCACAGCUUGCAUAGAUUUCUGUGCCCAUGCCCAUAAGGACACACAUAACAUGCACAAUGGAAGCACUGUGGUCUGUACGUUAACGAAGGAAGAUAACCGGAGAGUGGGGGUGAUCCCAAGCGAUGAGCAGCUCCAUGUGUUACCUCUUUACAAAAUCUCUCAAACGGAUGAAUUCGGCACCGAAGAGGGACUGGAAGCUAAGAUAAAAGCCGGAGCCAUACAGGUGCUCACAGCUUUUCCCAGAGAAGUGCGUAUGUUAGCUGAGCCUCUCAGAGCUACAAAGAAAAAGAAACCAGACACAAGGAGGACCCCGACUGAAAAGCAGCCAUUAAUAGAUAAAAAAUACUCAACACCAGUAAAGCUGAAAACCGAAGCCCCAGAAAAUCUUGGCAACACUUUGCAUUGUUUAGGGAACAAAACAGAUGCUUUAAAACCUGGAAUAAAAACGGAGACUUCCGAUCACCUCUAUGCCAUGAAACAUACUUCAAACACUACUAAAAAUUGCUCUUUAUUAAAACAGUAUACGGCUUCCUCCCCUUUUAAGGUGGAUAGUUUACAUCCUUAUUCGUCUUUAGCACAUAAGCCUGGCAUAACAGCAGUGACUAAUAUUCAACAAGAUUUUUCAGUUCCCUACGGGUAUUUUGAAUGCAGUAGCAAGCAACCUCACGUGACACCUUACGUUAGUUGUAAGAACUUUGAUGUGUCGGUCAAAGAUUAUACUGGAAUUUUGCUGAAUGAUAAGAUGAAUGGUGUGCCACCAAUUCUUCCAGAGGUCACUGCUCCAGGCUCCCCAGCCCAUAAAGACCCCCUGCCCACUAUACUUGAACAUCAGCCAGACAAACAGAAUUGUCAGCUUCAGUUAGACAAUUCUCCUUCUUCACAGAUGAUCAGCUCUUGUGAUUUGUCAGUACCGCUAAGCUCUCCGGCAAAGGAUGCAGUCGGAAACGAAGCUGACUGUUCCCAUGGAUGCCCAGUGGAAAAGGGCAGCUCCCAUCGAGAACAGACGUGUGAUUUUGACUGUGGUGAUGAAAAGCAGAACAGUGCACUGGGACAACCGACUGAUUCUGAAGAAAAAGCUGAGGAAAUGUGGUCGGACAGCGAGCACAAUUUUUUGGAUGAUGACAUUGGCGGGGUUGCUGUGGCACCUUCUCAUGGUUCUAUCUUAAUUGAAUGUGCAAGACGUGAACUCCAUGCUACCACACCUAUUAAAAAACCUAACCGCAAUCAUCCCACAAGAAUUUCUUUAGUUUUCUACCAACACAAAAAUUUAAAUGAGCCAAAACAUGGUUUAGCCAUGUGGGAAGCAAAGAUGGCUGAGAGGGCGAAGGAAAAAGAAAAAGAAGCAGAAAGGUUAGGAACGGAGAAUACGGAACUAAACUCUAGCAGCAGGAAAACAAAGCAAACAAGUGAAAACAGAGAUAUUUUUUAUGAAGACAAUGAGUUCAACCAAAUUCCAUCACGCAGAGCAUUAACAGUAACUAAGGAUAACGUAAUAACAGUAUCUUCGUACGCCCUUACACGAGUCGCAGGGCCUUACAACCAUUGGGCAUAG